GCUUUUCUCUUCUCUACGACCAUGGCGAAGGAGAGGAAAAACAGCAACUCCAAGGGAAGGUAUGACCGGCCUCAAGGUUCCUGGCGAACUUUACUCAGUGUGCGCUCCGGUAUGACCUUGGUCUGGCUUGUGCUCUUCGGGUUUGGGAUCUACGCGCCGUGUACUCUCUAUCGUGUUUUCCCCGGAACUGGGCUACUAGCAGCUCGGCAUAUAGCAGAUGUUGGCUAUGCUCGAUAUCUGGGAAAACAAACUGCAUCGAAUACAGUCGCAUACCUGGGUAUUCCCUAUGCUGCACCGCCGCUGGGGGCACUGAGAUUCCGCAAACCUGUACCUGUUGAUACUACUCGCGUCUCGUCUGCGCUUGUCGAUGUAACGCAAUAUCCUGAUUUUUGCGUACAAGGAUAUGCACCAUGGGUCGCGCCUGACGAUAGGGGCGGCGCGGGCUCUGAAGAUUGUUUGAAAGUUAAUGUGUAUACUCCAGUAUGUGCAAGACGUGGAGACGCGCUCCCAGUUCUGGUGUACAUCCACGGCGGAGGUUUUUCCAACGGAAAUCCCCGUAAUUGGCCUUUCGAUCAAUGGGUGAAUGACUGCCCCAAGUUUAUUGCCGUUCAUGUGUAUUACCGACUCACCGCUUUUGGCUUCCUUGCUGCCCCCACAUCGGCGUUGGACCUCAACGUAGGCUUGCACGACCAACGCGCUGCGCUACGAUGGGCCCGAUCGCAUAUAAGCGCUUUCGGCGAUGAUCCGGACAGAGUGACGAUCAUGGGCCAGAGCGCGGGAGGAGCGAGCGUGUGGCUCCAGAUGCUCGCCGAUCACGCGACGGGGGAACAACUCUUCCAUGGCGUAAUUGGACAGACUGUUUCGCGCUCGGGAACACGAAGACCAGAGCGGAAGGAGGCGGCAUUCCGCACUUUGGCCGCCAAAGCCGACUGCACGCGUGACUCGCUAGACGAGAGUGUGGAAUGCCUACGCGCAGCCAGCAUCAGUGUGAUGGUUCGUGCGGCAGACGAUAUGAUAAAGGAGCAUACAACUAACGAUGGAGGUGGAAAGGAGCCUUUGCGGAAAUCGCUCAAGUCGCGGUUCCCCCAUAUGACGGAAAGUGAAUUGGACACGUAUGAACGACUCUACCCAGAAAGAGAUCCAAACCGAGCGGGGAAUGCACUGGGUGAAGUAGGCCUCCGGUGUUCGACUUAUCUGUUGGGAAUGUCGCUCGACAUGGUGUAUGCGUACCGAUGGUAUCAGCCAACGCCGCCGCUUCGUCUUCCGGCUGAUGUUUGGCACAGCUCGGAUAACUGGAUGAUGUUUGAGGGAACGAGCACUGGCUCCAACGGAACAACUGUUUUUCACCAGCUGUCGAAUGAACAACGUGACUUCUUCCAUGAGAUGCUCGCAUACUUCACUUCAUUCGUGCGCAGUGGUAAUCCCAACACAUACAAGCUAGAACGCAGCCCCGGAUGGCCUCUCUACACCGAUUCUUGGAACAGGCAGGUGCUCCAACAUCAGUUGAACGAGGUCCCUGAGGAGGAUGCGAGUGGGGAGGACACAACCACUGCGGUUUGGCAGGAAGAGGUCACUACCGAGGAACAAGAGAGAUGUGCAGCGUUGUUUGAUAUGGUAGAAAGCUGCGAGAACUGA